UUAGGUGCAUAUGCUUACCCCAAACAGAAGUGACGAGACAUUGAGUAUUUUAUUUACUAUGCCAAUAAACUUUAAAAAAGAUAAAGUGAUAUUUUUAUAGUGAAAGCAUUUGAAAUACAUAUUAUUAGUACAAACGAUGAACGAAGGCUUUAUAGCACUUCAUGUUGGUGCUGGUCAUCAUUCCAUGGAAAAGAAACAUGCAUACAAGACCUUGUGUAAAAAGUCAUGUCAAAAGCUCCCUGCAAAUAAAUUGCUGCCUAUAAAAUGAAGAAGGUGCAUGGAGGCAGCUGAUGUAUUUUUCCAAAAUCUGCAGCCACAAAUCAUGAAGUUUCAGAAAGCAGAUCUCACUCAAUUUACAUCUUUUUAAAAAAAUAUGAGGGUAACAAUAAUGCUGAAAGAUGGUUGCUCUGCAGUUGAAGCUGUUUCUGCAGCUGUUGUUUCUUUAGAGAACUCUCUACUGACAAAUGCAGGACGUGGCUCUAAUCUUUCAUUAAGUAGAAAAGUUGAGUGUGAUGCAUCUAUCAUGGAUGGCAGAACAUUAAACUUUGGUGCUGUUGGAGCCCUCUCAGAUUACAUGAACCCUGUUCUAGUGGCCAAGGAACUACUUCUACAUCAGAAUAAUGAAAACUUGAGUUUACACAGAAUUUCACCAUGUGUUUUGGUAGGUGAAGGAGCUAGUCAGUGGGCCAGGUCUCGUGGCUUGAAGAGCAUUAAAUCAGAUCUUUUAGUUUCUGAGAAUGCACUUCACACUUACAAUAAAUACAAAAGGAAAGUUGAAGAAGCUGAGAAUGACCCCAGAAAAUUUCUACAGAGAGAACCUGCAAAUAAUGAAACACUUCAUUCAGAAGCAAAAGAAAUGGAGAAGAAUCCAUGUAUCUCUUCUGAAGCAUGGUUUCCAGGAGAUGAAUCUCUAAAGUUAGACACCGUUGGUGCUGUAGGAAUGGAUUGUUGUGGAAAUGUUGCUAGUGCUGUCUCUAGUGGAGGAAUUGUUCUCAAGCAUCCAGGGAGACUUGGACAGGCUGCUCUAUAUGGUUGUGGGUCAUGGGCUCAGAAUUCUCUUUCUUCUACGGAACCAGCAGUUGCUGUCACGACUUCAGGCAAUGGUGAACACCUUAUAAAAACCAUGUUUGCCCGAACUUGUGCUGAAACAUUAAUCUCUAACACUGAUGGAGUGACUGGUCUUCAUUAUGUUUUUCAUACAAAGUUCCUGGAGUCACCAUUCUUAAUACACACUAGUGAAAAGCUUGCUGGAGUGUUGGCUAUGAAAUUUGAUCCAGUGUCAAAUUCAGUGGAGGUACUUUGGGCCCACAAUACUGCCACAAUGGUGCUAGGUUACAUGUCAACACACGUCACUAAGGCAGUGACUAUGUUCUCUACUUUACCAUCAAGUGUGGAUCCAGGGCAUAAGCCACUUAUUCAAGGAUCAUUACUAAAAUUACACAACAAAAUAACAUAGCAAGUUGUUUUAUGUACUUAAAAUUACAAUAGUUGUCUUUCUCAAUUGUAAAAGAAAAAUAAUAAAGUCCUAUUUAUUGU